UUCGCUUCAAAUCCGACCCUGACAGAAGGCUCCAUUUGUAUCGAAGACUGCUGUGAUCGGUUGCGUGCUGCGAUUGAAUUUCAGGAUUUAGUAAGAACCGUGUUUGGUCAUCACCUAACUGAAGAUAAUGACGAACAGAAUAAAACCGAAUGGAAAACAAAUUCCAUUGAAGCAACCGUCGUCGAUGUUGAGCAUCGAUUGGAGCAAGAGGAAAGCCCAGUAACGGAAAACUUUAAAUUGUUGGGAAGGCCGUUCGUUAUGCCGAAACUCGAUUAUGUUGAUACACAUAUGAGAUUUAACAAUCUAGAAUACGUAGAGCUAAGCGGUCCAAUGUGUUGCGGAUGUGACUUUGUAGCGAAAACUAGGGAAAAUCUUAUGGACCAUAUCAACGCAAACCACAUGUACAGAACAAACGGUCCGAACGAUUCAUUCGUUUGCGAUGUGUGCUGUGAAGCGUGUGAAGAUGGUCAUCAACUAAAGAACCAUCGACAGUGGUUCCUAAAUACGGAAAUUUUUCUUUGCAACUAUUGCUCCUACGGUUUCACGUGCAAGGAAAAUCUUAUGCAGCACAUGAUCAUGUGCAUCACGCAUGAUAAGUUGGCUACCGAAGAAAAAAGGCUUUUGGAAACGAAGAGAGUCGAGCAUAAAGAGCUGGAAAAAACACUGAAUGAUAAUCUUGUAGCAAAAGUAGAGGACUAUGACGAUCAUAGCGAUUUUCACAAUGACAAGGCAGCUGAUAUCGUACCGCAGCAGAAACCGUUCCGCGAGCUUACCCAAACCGGCAAUCACGGAUGCUGUUUCUUGCGCUGUAAUGCCACAUUCGACCGGGAAACCGAUCUGUACCGUCACGUACAUGAGUUGCACGCCGCUCGUCAACGGAUUCAUCGAAGCGAACGUACAUCCGAUCGGCACGUGUGUGAAACUUGCCAGUUGAGCUUUAAAAGUGUUAAAACUUUAGAACGACAUCGGAACGGUUGGAAGCUAAAGCAGAACAACGUUUGCGCGCAUUGCGCUAAAGGAUUUAUUACUCCUGGUGAAUUAAAAGAUCAUGUGCAGCAGGUGCAUAACGACACGACGCCCCAGUUCCGCUGUGAAAGCUGUGAGAAGCAGUUCAGGAAGAAAUCCCUUCUCAAACUGCAUCUGGUUACACAUCAACAAGAUCGCCGGCACGGUUGCGAUCAGUGUGACGCACGAUUCCACUUUGGCUAUCAGCUGAAAAAGCAUCUGCAGGCGGUCCACACAACGGAGUUUCCGUACGAGUGUAAGCACUGUGACCGGAAGCUGCCAAACAAACACCGGUACGAUCAGCACAUGCGGAUGCAUACGGGUGAAAAGCCGUAUGCAUGUCGGUACGACUGUGGUCGCAAAUUUGCACAUGCCACCGACCGUCGAAGGCACGAAAUGGUGACGCACACAGGCGAGAAACCGCAUCGUUGCUGCAGUUGCAGUAUGGCGUACGUCAGACGAAAGGAAUUGCAUCAACACUAUCGACAUUUCCCAGCACAUGAUACUGAUAGGAAAUUCAUCUCAGCCGGGGUUUUGAAUGCUUGA